UGUGAAGCUUGACGUUUAUAUGCGUGUCCGAUUUACGUAAUUAUUGUGUCGUAUUUGUUGUAUACGAAGUGACUUGAAGCUCAGAUAUUUAUAGUUUUAUGUGUGUAAUAUCACAGUGUGUUUGUUAUCUUAGUAGCACCAAUGAGCUUUCGUUUCACAAUCGAUGAAGUUUUGCAGGCAAAAUUGUUCUCCAAGACAGUUUGUUGCUAUAUUCAGGUGAUAUUUCACUUCGACACCAAUUUGCUGCAAUGAAUUCGCAAACGAAUGAAAUAUCUUGAAACGUCACAUUCUAUAACCAGGAUUAUGGAAAACGGCUGGCAUUUUGUUGCGUUAUACUUUGGAUUACUGUUUCUCAAGUUAUGCGGAGGAUUUCCCAUGGAUUUGGAUUCAGCUGAUGGGCCGAAUGUGACGGUAUGGACAGCCCUUACGCCGCUUCUUGCCGCAGCGUUCCUGGUCACUUCGGUGGUUGUGCUGCUGGGGUGCGUCUGCUGUCGCCAGAGAAAGGGCUUCCAGGAAUUCACAGACAGCACAUCAAGCCACAGUCUCUCUGGAACAGGAGGGUAUGUGAAUUCUGUUGCCUCCACCACUGAAUUCACAAUAUUCCCUCCAACACACACAGUCGUCACCAGUGCCUCGUCAUCAAACCAGCUGUCAGUUCCAGGAGAUAGAUCGUCUGUUGUUCGGUUUGAGCCUCUGCCAGACAUUCGCCUGCCACAGCCUCACAGUAGACGUCCUGCAGCAUUCAACAGUGCAGUCACCCAUGGGCUGUCUUCACAGGACUGGUUUCAAGAUCCUCACGUGAAUUUCCCAAGGCAGCAGUUGAAAUAUCUGCGUGAGUUGGGUCGUGGCUGGUUUGGAAGAGUGGUGGAAGGGGAAGCUCAAAACAUUGUUCCCGAACAGAAAACUAGCAAAGUGAUGGUGAAGAUUCUGCAUGAAGAUGCGACAACGACUGACCAGAUGUAUUUCCUGCAUGAGGUGAAACCGUACCGGGAGCUGAAUCAUCCCAACAUCCUGAAACUGCUAGGUCGAUGCUUGGAGACUGAUCCGUUUCUGAUUUUACUGGAGGCAUGCCCCGGUGGUGAUUUGAAAAGUUUCCUGUCCCAGAACAUCGCCACAGCGGAGGCUCUGAACCAACAGGGUGUCACCUUGCAGAUGUGUUGCAACAUUGCAUCAGGCUUGCUCCAUAUGCACAACAAUGGAUUUGUACAUACAGAUCUGGCUGCCCGUAACUGCCUUGUAACCCCAGAUUUAUUAGUCAAAAUUGGUGACUAUGGAACUGGCAUCGAAACAUUUAAAGAGGAUUACUACUGCGCAGGAGAAGUGGCAUUGCCGAUCCGGUGGUGUGCGCCAGAGACCUUGCAUUGCACAGAUACUACAAUUGAAACAAAAGAAGUGACAGCGAGUGCGAACGUAUGGAGCCUGGGCGUUGUACUAUGGGAGGUUUGCGAGUUUGGAAAGUUACCAUAUUCAGAUCUGAAUGACGAUGAGGUGAUUGUAAAAGUGCUGGGGGAAGGCACCUUACGUCUGGGCUUGCCAUCUCUGCCUUGUCCUCAGAGACAGAAUCUGUACCUGCUAAUGAAACUGUGUUGGAGUUGUAUGUUGGAGCGGCCUCCAUUGCUGCAAGUUCACUCAAUGCUGAACCACCUGUACAAGAGCCAGGAACGCUUUGGGCAAGAUGGAGACAGCUCAAGCCUAACAUCAGAUGAAGACUUCGAGCGCCGCUGGGACAUGUUUAAGCCCAAUUCAAUUCCAAAAAGAGAUAAUCACAUAACAUCACCUGAGAACACUCCUGUUGUGCAGUCUUCAUCUCAAUCUCCAGGUGUCACCAGUACCAGAAUUCUUCCAUGUGAAGAGACACCCUUGCAGCCGGAAGAAGACAGCGUACUUCAGAGGAAGUCACUGAUUUUUCCCCAAGCUGCAUUUGAAAGUGCAGUUAUAACACAAGAUUCAGGAAACUUGGUCACAGAAGGAACCAGCAUUACUCCCCUGACAACAUCACCACAGCCAUCUUUGGCUAGCAGUACUGGGGGUGAGUUCUUCAUAGCAUCUCUUCAGCAACGACAUAAGUCACCAAGCCUACAGAAUCUUCGAGGGUCUAUAGAUGAUCUCAGUGAAUGCACCAUUGAGGUUACAGACACUACAGAUUGGCAGAAACAGGAUGAAGUAGAUCAUGUUUCAGAUGCUGUUGAAGAAAAGGCAAAUGAAGGAAGUAUACUGAAUGAGGAAAGUGAAGAAAAAGAGGUUAAAGAAAUUGUUACACUGGAACCUGACCUUGAUUCUUGGCUGGAAGGUGUAGAAACCGCUAAUGAAGAAGAUGCAAAGUUUGUUCGCAAAAUAAAUGAGGCAAUUCGAGAUCUGGAUAAUGCUUUGGCACUGGAAAACACAUCAUCCUCAUCUUCUGAAGCUUCUAGUAAGUGUGCUUCCCAUCAGAGUCCUUCCAGAGACACAGCUGCAGACUUCAGACUUGGUCGCACAGAUUCUGGCAUGUCAUCGGAUGACAAGGAGAUGAUAUUUCAGCCAGACAGUCUUCAAGAUGACAGUUACAUCGAUAAUGUUAAGUCCACACAUGUAGAAAACAGAGCGACAGAUUCUGGGACUGACACUGAAGAUGAAAUGUGGAGGAGAAGAAUUGAGCGAGGCGAGUUUUCAGAGAAGGUAAAGGAGAAAUCAAGGUCAGUUGCAGAUCUUAUGGUGCUAACUCACAUAGAGUGCAGUGAUGGCAGUGAUUCAGACUCGCCAUCCCUAACCUGGAGUUUUGAACGCAGUUCAAAUGGAUGUGGUUCCUUUACUACUAGAGCAAGACCGGGAUCAUUUAGAAAGAAUAUUUCCACUGUUUUCAGCAGUGAGAGUAAUAUCCAUGGUGCUGUUUUGGGCGAGGAAUUCAAAGACACACUGAAGAAACUCCAUGAAGCACAGAGGGAAUGUAACAAAUCAUCAAAGUCUUGGUCUGUUAUAGGUUCUUUGCCGCUUCAGAGGUUUGAUGAAACAAAAUGUAUUCAUUCAGAGGACUGCAGUGAGCAGUCUGCCAAUCCUGACAGAAGCAAGAAUUUUUUAGUCAUUGAUGCCUCGGAAGAAAUAAAUAAAGUAAAUCGUGUGGUGGAGAUAACGACAACUGAUGAUAAACCCCCAGUGAAUGAAACAGUAUUAUCGUGUCCCAGCAUAUCUGUUCAUAUAUCACAUAGUGAUUUAGGAGCCAGUACAGAAAUUGUGUGUGACAGAGUAGGGAAAAACAUUGGUAUUAAUGUUGAAAAGUGUGUAUCCUGUUACAGUCAAGUGCCUGAGGGAAAUUGUGCGUGUAGUUCAGUAAUGACACCUCUGUGCCAGGACUAUAAAACUAAAGUUAUAGGUAGUGAAGCAAUUAAUAACUCCGAUCAUGCUGCACUAUCUGGUGAUAUUCCUCCUGAACAAACUGUAAAAAGUAUGAAUGAUGAUGUGCCUCAGAAAUAUGUGAUAGAAUCAUCAAUAGGUAAUGUACAGAGUAGUGUGUGUCACACUGAAGUGCCCACGCAUGAGUGUGUGUCCCACCAAUAUUUGUUUAGUUGUCAGCCACACAGUAGCUCAGGUCUUAGUUUAGUAGCUUCAGAUGGUGCUUUUGGGGACAGUUUUUGUAGAAACGCAAGUGAGGACACUGAAAAUGAUUUUCUCACACAUGAAUAUAAGGAAUCAGGUCCAUUGCCUCUGUUCAUAAGUAAUCCUCGUUGUCCUCAUAGUAAAGUACUAGUUUCUGAUUCUUCGCUUCCCACCAUAAGUGGUGUUUUGGAUUUUGGUAAUGUAUUUCAGAACUUCUCUCCAAGCAAGACAUUGAAUUCUGAUACACAUCGCCAGUCGAUAGAUAGGUCUUGCAGGAGCAGUGAUGAUGUGUCAGCCUCUGCCACAUCUUUAGAGUCAUUCCAUUUUUCCCCUGUGAAUAAUAACAUUUCAGAUGGACAGGAGAUUGUUAGUGGUACUGAGAGAGCCCUUGAAGUACUGAAUCCUUCAUGUAAGCCAUUAUCAGUACCUAGUUCCAGUGAUGCAGCUGAUGUAACUGUAGUGUCAGCCAUGGAUGCAAUACCUGGCCUCAGCCUGAAGGAGAACAAACAAGGGGGCAUAGUGCAAAGUGUAGUUUCAGAUUUUAUUCCUUCAGUAGUGCUUGGGCCAUGUGAAGAAUACACACUGGAUUAUUUCAAGGGACUGAAGACAACAUCUGGUUAUGGGUUAGCAAAGAACAUCUCAAUAAGCCCUGAAGACAUAUCACAGCAUUUAGAGAACAAUUCAGAUGAAAAAUUAGAAAAAGCCGCUUUAAAUUCUAAGCAAAUGGAAUUAUUUAUGGAUUACAAUAUCGACUUAUGGGACAGACAUCUUUCUACUGCCUUCCAGGAACAUGAAGCCGAGCCUUAUUUUUUCGAUGACAUCACAUUUACCUCAGGAGGAGACACCUUAGGUGUUGGUGAUGAUGAUGAUGAUGAUGAUGAUGAUGAUGAUCAGCCAGGGAUCAGCAGGCUUGCACAUACCCCAAACACCAGCUGUGAGCAAACACUGUUAGAUCAUGGAACUAAGGAAAUGAACUCAGCUCUUCAAAAUCGAGAUAUCUUUGAUUUGGAAAAUUCACAAAGUUGUGAAAGUAGUGAAGAUGAGCUGGUCAGCAAAACAGCAGUUAAUAAAGGAACUGAAGACGGUGUUGAUUCUGCUGUGACACCCAAUCUCUUGAAAGAUACAAGUGAAUCUACAAUUGAUGGAGAAGUAUUUCGUCAGAAAUGUUCAGUCAAUUUUGAGAAUGGUCGUGGUAAUGUUUUAAAUUUUCUGGAAGAUUCCCAGACCAGUGAACGUUGUGAUCAAACAUUUAAACAUUUAGACCAUGAAAAAGUGGACACCAGUGCAGUAAUUCCAAACUUUAAAGAAAGGAUGGACAGUGACAGUGAGGUAGUGUGUGACUUGAUGGAAGAUACAAGUGUGAGUACCACAGUUCAUUCCCGCAGCAAAAAAGAAACUUGUGAAAAUGAAUGUAAUGUUGAGGGUAUUUUAGAAGGAAGCAGGAAUGUACUUACUGUUCAUAAUUUGCCACUUAUUCAAGAAAAGCUAAAUAUGUCUGGACUCUGUAUUCCAAGUUUGAACUUCAUUGCUGCUACUCCUGUCCCUUCUGGAAGAAACACACCAGAAAUCGUAACUGAAGAGAGCAUUGAAGUUUCUAACAAACAAAUUGUUGUUAAUUCACUUGACAAAGCAGAAGAUCAGGUAUUGUUUACUUCAAAAGAAACAUUUAUUAAUGAAGGAAGUGAACAAGAAAUUAAAAUUCUGUUGGUCUCGCAACCAGCCUCUGAAACUGCAGUUCGUCCAACACCAAAUGAAAAACUUAAUCUUGAAAAUUCAUCUGGUGAAGUUAUUUCAUUUAGUGAACUUUGUGUUGAUGGUUGCAGCAUUGCAUCAGAGACUGACUCUUUUACAUUAAUUGACACAAGACCUUUGAAAAGUAUGAUCAGUACUGAAAAAAGUGAAGUGAAUUCUGAAGUGGAACUUAUUUGCCCAGAUAUAUUAUUCAGUGUACCAGAAAGCCAUGAUGAGAUAUCAGAAUAUCAUGAAAUAGAAUGUAAAGAACACAGCUUGUCUGAGGAUGACAUGUGUUCAGUGUCUCCUGGAUGCAUUUCAAAGCAUGGAUUGGAAGUCUCAUUAAGUACAGGUUCACAGAAUAUAGAAGCAACUGUCAGUAGCAACAGCCCUACUUCAGGGUCUCCUGGACACAUUGCAGAAUGUGGAUUGGAAGUCUCAUUAAGUACAGGUUCACAGAACACAGAGGCAACUGUCAGUAGCAACAUCCCUACUUCAGGGUCUCCUGGACACAUUGCAGAAUGUGGACUGGAAGUCUCAUUAAGUACAGGUUCACAGAACACAGAGGCAACUGUCAGUAGCAACAUCCCUACUUCAGAGUCUCCUGGACACAUUCCAGAAUGUGGAUUUGAAGUCUCGUUAAGUACAAGGUCACAGAACAGAGAGGCAACUCUCAGUAGCAACAUCCCUACAUCAGGGUCUCCUGGACACAUUGCAGAAUGUGGAUUUGAAGUAUCAAGUUCAGAUUCACAGAACACAGAGAAAACACCCACUAACAAAAUUCUUACUUUAUCACGUUCCAACACUGAAAUUUUGAAAUGUGGAAAGGAUUCAUUUUCAUCUGACCCACAAACCACUAUAGUCCCAAAAUUCAAACUUCACGAAGAAGGAAAUAAUUUACCUGUUACUACAGAAAAUGGUUCCUAUAUUAGCCCAAAAACCAAACCAUCUUUCCAAAAUGCACCAAACAAAGUAGUUGGAGCCAUUGAAGGACAUCUACUAUCAGACAAACAGAACAGACCUCUUUCAUCAGAUCUGUUUACUGUGGAAAUUGGGGAGGGCAAUGAACCGUCAGGUUUAAACCACUUUAGUUCUGAAGAAGCUAAUUUAAUACCUGAAAAUUUGAAGUACAGCCAGUCUCCUAAUGUGGAUUCAAGUCUUUUCAAGUGGAGUGCUGAAGAGAACAGUAAUUGUUGUGAACUAGAAAGAGAAGACCUGAAACACAUUCAAUAUCCUGAUACUGUCAGUGAUGUUCAUGAGUUGGACUUGAAAGAGAAUUCUGUCUUGGAAGGGUCUUGCUUCAUGCAAGCUGGUACAGAAACUCCUGGCAUUGCUGGACACAUUUCUAGGCCAGACACUGAGCACUGCAAUGAAAAAAUUUACUUGAAUUUAACAGAUAGUUUAGGAGCCGUUGAAACAACACACACAAAAUUUCCCAACUCUGGAGAAGACAUCUUCAGUGUCAAAGAGACAAACAGUAAAUAUCAUUGCUCAGAAACUUCUAAUUAUAAAUAUAUACCUAUUCAGCCAAUAGAAAUUAAUGAUCCUGAUUUUGAAACAGAUGUUUUGAAACCGUGUGUGAAGGAAACAAAAGAAACAUAUGUCUCACAUGGCUUCAGUUAUGGGCAAGUAUCUAUGAGACCAAUAGAGAUUAAUCCUCCAUCACCUGACUUUACAGCAACUGUAGAAAAAAUAAAUGAAGAUUCUAAGUUUCUGGAUUAUGAACAAGUUCCCUUGGAGCUGGUAGAAGAAAAACUGUUUGAAAUUGGUAAUCAUGGCCAAGUCAGUGCAGAAACUAAAGAGAUAUGUGACCUAGAUCUUAGAAAUUGUGAACAGGCAUCCAAAGAAGUUGUAGAUUUAAUUCAUACCUUGCCAUCUGAUGUUUUCAGUGAGAAAGAGGCAAACAGGGUUGUUGCUGCUGUUGAUUUGUGGAAACAGGAUGAAUCUGACAGUAGCAUUCGCAUACUGAUGGAUGAUUUUUUGCUGGAGGAGAGGUUAGCAUGUGGACUAACUGCAGCUGGAUUGGAUGUGAAGAGAGAGGAAAGUUCAGCUGGUGAGGAGGAAGAUUAUGGUGAAGGCUUUGGACUCGAUGUAGUGAAACACUCAACACCAGAUGAUGAACGCAGUAGCGAUUCUGGUUUCAGAGACAAGGGAAGUCUCAGUGAGAGCUGUGAGGAAGCCUGUGAUGAGAAAUAUAACCUUGAGGACAUUGAGGCAGAGCUGGAGGACACGUUCAAUAAGGGAGGCUUCAAUUAUGUUGAGAAACAUGGUGAUGAAGAACUGGGUGACAGAGCACUUGAAGAUCAGCAGAGAAAGUUGUCUCAUUCAUCAUUCAACUACACUGAGAGACCUGAAGAUGAAGAUCUGAAAGAAAUCAGAGGCACAGCGCUACCAAUCAGGAGUUCUGAUGAAAUAGCACACAGCAUAGAAGACCUUGAGUAUCUUGAUAGCGUACAUGAAAAGAAUAGCAAUGAUAAACCAGUGGAAGGUAAACAGAUAAUAGAUGUAGACACCUUAGAGAAUGCUGAAAGUGAUAAAGGGAAAACUAGGUCUUUUGGAGGCUUCAUUGAAUUUGAAGUCAAAGAUCAAUUGAAGCCAGAAUACUGUGAGUCAUGUGGUUCAGACUUUAUGAAACAAGUCCCUGAAUUGAUCAGACCUGAAUUUGAUGUAAAUAAUCAUGAUGAUGCUUCAAAAGGAUUUCAGCAGCAUGAACUUGUGACUAUGACUGAUGACUUUCUUAAUGCUGUGUUGCCAGUAAAAUCAUGUGAAGACUUAGACUCCAGUACUAUGAAUUGCAUGUCUGUAAAUCAAAUAAACGAAUUUCUGGGCUCAAAUAGAGAACCUCAGAAUGCAGAAUUGUUGAAUUAUGAAACUAUUUCGGGUCAACAGCAAAUUUUAACAGACUCAAAUGUGAUGGAACAGUUUUCUGUAGAUAACAACCAAAGCAGGUAUCCUGUAACUAUUCCUGGAAGUGAUGCCAACAUAAUUUCUUUAGCUGAUUCCAUUCCAUGUGCAAAUUUGAAAACAGAAAUUCUUAUUGCUGAUAAAGUUUUCACCAAAUGUGAAAAUAAGCACGGUGAAAUUUUACCAUCCAUCUCACCAAGUGAUAAGAUGGAAUCAACAGUGGAUGGGCCUUGCCUAAUAAGUACACAAAAUUCUGGAUUUGAUACAAUUGGAACAUUCUCCUUUGAUGAAGCAUAUAUAAAUAGAGACAUGUUCAUGGCUGGCAGCAAACCUGAAUUGGGAAGUAGAGACCUACCACGUUCAGAGUUGACGCAGGAUUACCCAGAGUCAGCACCAGCUGUGGGAUGGUACUUGCAUCCCCCGGCAAAGAGGACAAACUGUGAGAGAGAUCUUGAGAACACUGAAGAAUGCACCAGUUCAAUACAUUCAGGGUCUUGUAGCUCAAAAUAUGAGGAAAGCAAUACCAGUGAGAAUAGCUAUGUGUCAUUUAGUCUAGAUGAGGAAUUUGUGACUGCAAUUAGAAAUGAACUGCGUGAUAAAUUACCUUGCACACGCCAACGAAGUGAAGAGGAAGAGGAGGAAGAGGAGGAGUUAGAAGAAGAUGAAGAAGAAGAAGAGGUCUCAGACCCAGAAGAUGAUUUACCCCAAGAAGAGAGAACAAAUAUCAUUAUCCAGUACAACAUGUACCCAGCACAACUCUCUCCAAUUUUAGAGGAACGAGAAAGUUUGAGUUCAAUCAGUGAUCAUUACUCUCCAUUAGCAUCAUCAAACCAGCUGGAUGCUUCAAAAUCAGGCUCUGGAAUAGAGUCGCUGAGUCCUGUCUUUGUGUUGGAUCCAAGAGAUGUUAACAGCAGGGCACAGUAUGAAGUGAAUGCUAGGAAAUUUGAACAGGAGAUUCGAGAAGCCCUUGAAAAUUGCAGUUUGACUAGUGAAGACACAAGCAGCUCCUGCGAAGAGGUUCAUAAAGAGAGCAGUGUUCUGUUUGAGGAUCUGGAGCAACAAACGUCAAAAGACCCACAACGAUUGUCAUUAGAUAGAAAGAACAUUGUAAUAGUCCGAGGCACCAAUCAGCAUCCUGAUGAUGAUGAUGAUCUUCUACUAAUAAACACUGAUACCAAUGAAGCAACAUUACUGGAGAGUCCAAAGCCAAAAUCACAUUUGGCUUUUGUGAAUAACAGAAGAACACCUCAAGAAAACAAGUCAGUUCAUACACUGUCAGGCACAGCCAACAUACUGAGUAAUGAUGAAAUUACUGUUGGAUCAAAUUCAGACACAUUCGUUAUUGACAGAAGUAGGUUCAGUGAUAUGUUUGACGAUUCAAAAUUGGGUCCAGGUCGGGAAUUGUUGUCUGAUGAUGAAGUAUACACACCAGACAGCAUAUCUCCCGAACAUGCAACAGGUACACCAUCUGCUUCCAUCCGCCAGUCGCCUGAUACUGAAAACUUAUCAGACUUCUUUCUAACACCGUCUGAAAAAUCAUAUAACACAAGUGAAUGCCCAAACAUCCUACAUGGUUCGCAGAAUUCCACUGUGUACAACCCACAUUUUCUUCAUACCUUGUCAAAGGAUAAUGAUAACCCAACCUUUGAAGAGGUGCAAGAAAUCUCAUUAGGAGUAGCCAACAAUGAGGCAGCAGAAAUAAUAUUGGAGCUUGAAAGUAGUGGCAUUUUUAAUAAUAAUAAUAACUGUACGAAUGAGAAAGAUAUUUUUACUGGAGUGUUGCCUUUGUGUGAGGAAGUAUCAAGACAUGAGUUACCCAGCUCUAGGACUUCAGAUAUCAAUGAUAACUGUGAGGUUUCAUCAGUACAGGAUAAUUCAGAGUCAUCAAAAAUGAGUAGAAAAGACUUCAAUGAUGAUAACAGCAAUCCUAAAAAGAUGUCCGCAGUUGAUCGGUUGAAUUAUUUAACAUCACCAAAUUUAGACGUGUUCUGUGCAAAGACAAUGGAAUCUGCAGAGGAUGAGUGUUCUGAGAAUGGCAACAACUACAGCAGUAGGCUGUUGCUGACCAAGACUUUGGACCUUCUUAAGAGACAUAAAGAAGCUCAGCAGAAUAACAAUGACCCAUAUCAAGAAGAUGAGGAAAAAGACUGGAGUCUCCCAAACCUAGAAGCUUCUGUCUUCAGUACAAAGGCACCAAUGCCUUCGCCAGAAGAGGAAUCAUGGAAGCAGAUACCAUCGCUUUUGGCUUUCUCAGAUUUAAAUGAGGUGAUAACUCGAUGCAGUAACAAGCAAGAAACAUUUGGCACAGUCUCCUUUAACGGUCCAACAAAUUAUGUGUCCUAUAGUGAUCACAAAGGAGUGGAUGAUGGUGAUCUCAUGUCCACAUCAUUCAGCAUCAAAGGUGAUCCUGGUGAUCCAGAAAGUUAUACUCCAGACUGGGAAAGUGAUUCUGAUGAGACGAAUGAAGAUGAUAACAAUUCUUCCUCAAGUGGUGAAUUCAUAUGGAAGGAUGGAGACAGAGAGUCCUCAUUGAAGGCUGUUGAUAUGUCUUCAGCAUCCAAUACCAGCAAGCCAUGUGAAGGUUUGUCCGACUUCCCCAUGGAGGUGAUUGCUGAAGAGGAGGAAGAGGAGGAAGAUGAUGAUGACGAUGAUGAUGCUGACGGUAGCAGUAGUUCUGGUAGUGGCACCGAAUUUGUUCCUUCAGCAUGGAAUAGUGAGGCAACGCCUAAUCGUUCAGCAUUACGGAGCCCAGACAAGAAGUCUGAUCAAAAGAAAAAUGUGUCAUUCAAGAAGCAGAAGUACCAUUCAGUGUACGAGUAUCCUCGUGAGACCAGCGAUUCAGACAGUGAAGGGUUUGACUCACCAACUCGCAGACAUUGGAACAGUCUGAUGUUGCAGUCAGCACAGCAGCCACAGGUGGACUACUCCAGCUUUGCAGACUGGGAACUGCUGGAGGGGGACAUUCUUCCAGAGGGAAGUGUUCCUGAUACAGAUGUGGACCCAGACAUUCCAGAGAAUACUACACAGCAGCAGCUGGACUUCUACAAGCUCAGCAGUGUUGACUAUGACUUUACUAAUGGAAUGGUAUCAGAAGAUGGCGAAUUUUACAUCAGCAGUUCUGCUCGUCCAUUCCAGUUCCCAGGUGGGACCAGCGAUAUGCUGACAAGCAACGGAAGUCAGUUCUUUCCUGGCCAGCUCUAUCUUAUGGGCAGUGAAUGCAAACAGGGUGACAUCACAGUGGAUUUUGUGACACCUGACAGUGGCAUUAUUGACAUCACUGCACCUGACAAGCUCUUGGCUCUAGAAACAGGUGUAGAUUCUUACAAUGAUGAAGUCGACACCAGUGCUUCAAGUAUAUCUGGGUUUGCUGUUAGUUUUGAUAAUCAAUUGGCUAGCCAUAAGUCAGACAGUAUGAAAAAAAUUGUUUGGGAAGAUGAAGUUGAUUGUGUUAAACCUGGUGCAGAUGAAACGUCCGGUAAGUGGUCAGCGGUAUCUUUGGAUGUUGGACAGAAGAUAUCCUUGGAGUGCGAGAAGCUGCAGAAAUUACCUUUUGCAGACUUCUUUGAGUUAGGAAGAGCGUCUGAUCAUAGCAGUAACACAGUGUCGAAUGCAUCAGUUACAAAUGAAAUGAGUUCAGGUGCAAGGUCUGUACCUAAUUCUGUAGUGGCUGGUAGAGACAGUGAAACAGCAGUGCAGUCACCACCCUCACCCCCAUCCCCAUCAGGGCUAGGAGAACUGAGACAUACAAGAGAUCGCUUAAAACUGGAUUUGCCCCUGUCUAGUACAACGUUUGUUCUGGACCCUCCAGUAGCCGGAAAGCGUCGGUCUGUGGAAACAGUGAAAGGUGAAGCAUCACUGCUGGACAGUGGGGAAGAAACUGAGGAUAGUGGCAUUGAGUCGAGCAAUGGCAUAGUGACAUCACUGACCAGGGAAGUGAGGUCUCAUACCGAGGACCCCAGUAAGACCUAACAGGUAAUUCCUAGCAUAGGAAAGUCACGUGUGUUAGAUGGCAGAGCUCAGAUAUUCCCUCAGUAUUGAACUGUUUAUAUAAGCACAUUGUUACGCAAAUGUUUUCUUUUGUGUAAGGAAAGGUAUGUUGCCAUUUCUUGCCCUAGCACAGAUUAGUGCAAGAUGUUGGAAUCAGUUUGAUCUCAGAUAUAGAUCCUGCCUUGCAUGAGUCACUGAACAAAGGAUGCUAAAGCACCUACUGUGCUGUAUGAACUGGAGUCCUGUGUGUAUGUAAGUUUCUCAGCUGUAAUCUGAAGUUGAAAAUUGCAGUUCUGCUUUCAGUAGACAGUACACAUUGAUAUCAUACUUCUAACUAAAUGCCAUAUACAGAAAGUAUAUUUGGUAACUGUGCUAAAGUCAUGGCCUUUGUACUGUAUGUGUUCACUGUGUGGGUUGCUGCCUUUCCUACUUAACUGGCCGUGGUAAUUACCUAAAGCAACUUUGUAAAGUGAAGGAUACUGGUCUGCUUAUAGUGUCUGCCUUACAUAUCUCUCAAAUUAAUUGUAUUGGCAUAAAUCACAGGGCCCAUAAUCAAUAAUCCUGUUCGCACUUGGAGCAUACCAAAUACCAACGUUUUGCAUCAUGAAAUGGAACGUUGUGAAUGAGGUAUGGGUUUCUUAUGCUCCAGUGCCUAUUGCUCCAUGUGUUCAUGCAUCCUUCCCAGUUUCUGAUGUCCUCCUUGUAGAAAUGAACUAAAUUUUAACAUCUGUAUGGCUGCAGCACAUAUUGACCCUCUCCUGGCUCUGGUCAAAUGGACUGCGAGCCCAAAUUUUGCUAUGUUAUUUUUACAGAUUGUUAUUUUGUUUUAUUUCUUGUUAAGAUAUAUAACUCAGGAAAUGUAGCCUGUAAAAGGAACACUGCUGCAAUAUGUUGUGUGAUCAGGCAGAGCAUCAGUAAGUCAGUUGAUUCCAGUAGGUGUCACUAGAAGACAAGUAAGGAACAUUAACACAUUCAUUGCCAGUCCCAUGACAAGACUGAUU